CAAUGAAAUGUCGUCCAAUUGAGUACUCACUCUCUUAAACUUUAAAUCUUGAAAUAAAUUAUUUGUUUGUGCGUGUGAACAUGAUUUAGUGUGGUGAAUGUAAACUCAGCUGAUUUCGAACAGGUAAGAUGUAUUCCAAAGAAUUUAACAUAAAUACAGGAAAUGUGUGCAAUAGAAGUAGACUUGUGCAGACAUUCACUGACCCCAUGACAGAAGUGUACCUGCUGUUCUUCCAAGGCACCGUACCAACUUUCACUUCUUUCAACUUGCUGCUUCAGAGAGAGCAGUCAUCAAUAUUUUUGUUACAUGAUGAGAUGGUGAAAUUCGUACGCAAGCUAUGUUCCAAGUUUAUGGUUCCAGCAGCUCUGCAGUGCCAUGAGGAGCCUUGUGAAAUUGCCUUUAAAGAAAAGGCAAACCAUUUACCAGGUUUCCCCAUCUCCUCCCAUACCAUGGGCCAGAGGAGCAUGACCUUCUGGGUGACAGGAGCCAAAGAAUUCGAGAGGCUUGCUGCCGUCGCCAAGCUUGUCCUGGUGUUUCCCCAUGCAAACGCAGAUGCUGAGAGGGUGUUUUCAGUUGUGGGACUGAACAAAACCAAGAGAAGAAACAGCCAAGCAUUGGAUGGCACCUUGUCCUCAAUAAUGACCAUAAAAUGGCCAAUCUGGAGCCCUGCUUCAAAUGGGAGCCCCCCUCCGAUAUCAUCAAGGCCUCCAAGAAGGCCACAGGCCAGUAUAACCAUGCCGACAGAUCAUAGACAAGAGGCUCAUUUGAGAUGAGCCAGGUCUGCGCAGAAUCGAUCACCGGCGAUCACCGCCCAAUGCAUGCUGGUUAGAUUUGUGUCCGACUUGAUCCCGACUUUCUCUGACGUCAUGCACACGUGGGCAACGAUAACCUCAUGAGAUCAAGGCGGCCGCAGUUCUGAGAAGCAGGCAGUGCAAUUGCUUUUCACCGACUGCAGGACCCAGGCGGACCCUGGACAAAAUCUCACUCCAAGGUUUUUUGAAAAGUUGGCAGGUAUGAAUUAGUUUAAUAAUUUUUGUUAAUGGCAUUCAUGAAGGCACACUUAAAUAUUAUCAAUCACUUAAAAAUCUACAUAUCAGCCAU